AUCCCUAUUGAGUGCUGCUCUAAUUGUACGUUGUCCUUUACAUCUCCAUCACCGAAGAUACAAAGUAUGUACUAAAAAUUGAACCGGAUUGUAGACUCCGGCGUUUAUGCCGCUGUCCGUGUAUUUGGAGUAUGAAAUGGAUCAAACGGUGUAUGUGACUAGCAUGUUUCUUCUUGCAGCCGGAUUGUCAUCGAUCUUCUGGAAUCCAAUAUCAAAUGUCUAUGGCCGACGACCCGUAUACAUCAUCACCGUGCUCGUCGGUUUGCUCAUGUCAGUAGCCUCCGGCCAAGCCACAUCUUACGGCCCUUUACUUGCAUAUCGCUGUCUGAACGGUUUCUUCGGCGGCGUUCCAGCCGGACUGGGGAAUGCUAUCGUGUCGGACCUUUUCUUUACGCAUGAAAGGGGUUUGUAUAUGGGUAUCUACACCGUUAUUUUCAUCACUGGCGGCCACAUUGCACCUAUCAUUGGGGGUUACAUCGCGGUAAACUUAUCCUGGGAAUGGUGUUUCUAUAUCCCCGCGAUUAUCACCGCAAUCGCCUGGCUCGCUUUUGUCCUGACUGUUCCGGAGACACUAUACCUCCGUUCGCCAGGCCAACCGCAGCGGACGUGGAUGCAAAACAUGACAUUACAAGGGCGUGCUAAUUCAGCAAGAAAACUACAUCUCAUCGACUUUGUCCGCCCGUUCCAGAUGUUGAUAUACCCCAGCGUCCUCCUUCCAACCUUAUACUAUGCUGUGGCGUUUAGCUACGGCAGCGUCCUAUUCAUCAUUUCCAGCGCAAGCUUAUUCGCUAUGAACUAUCAAUUCGGUCCCACGGAAACCGGCCUGCUGCUAGGCAUACCCAUCACCGUCGGUAGUCUUCUAGGUGAGUUGAUAUCAGGGGGAUUCUCGGACUGGAUUAGCGAACGGCGAGCUAUUACGCGCGGGAGACGAAGGCCCGAGGACCGGCUUUUGGCCAUCAUCCCAUCAUUUUUCAUAACCCCGCUUGGGAUUAUCGUCGAGGGGGUGUGUCUGGCAAACAAUACCCAUUACAUGGGCACCGCAAUGGGGAUUGCGUUAGCUAGUUUCGGCCUGCAAAUCGCAACAACGGUCGUUUAUACAUAUACAUCGGAGUGCUAUAAACCGCAGUCUCCCGAACUCGGCUCAAUUAUUAAUUUCUCAAGGCAAAUCCUCAGCUUUGCAAUGAGUUUCUACGCUCUCCCGUUCUCGGCGGUGAUUGGUGUGCAGGAUGCGUGGAUUGUGUUGGCUUUUCUGAUCGUCGUCUUCUUCAUCCCGUUGAUUCCAUUGUAUUUCUGGGGCGCGAAGUGGAGGGAUGAGAUUGGGUAUCCGUCUUUCAACUCUGAUCUAUGAGAUCAUUAUAGGGGAUAGAUGUAUGAUAUAUGGAUGAAUGCUAGAAUACAAUAAUCCGAUACCGAAUAUUUAUUCUCAUUGCACGCUUUGAUAUUUACACACUUCGUGCGCAACUAGAACUACCGUCUUCGAAGC